AUGACGUCAAACAGCGCUUUGUUGAACGCAGCCCACGCCAUGCUCUCUUCCGAUCUGUUGCCCAAUGUGAAUCUGUCUAGUUUUGAUAAACUAGUAACCGACGAUGAGUUGCGCGAUUUCCUAAAAUUAUACGAAAAAUAUAACUAUCCGAAACGUAAUUCCACACACGAACCGGAAUGCCAUGACUACUGCACGGGCGAAUUGUAUCAGAUGUUGCGCACCUACAAUGGUGUGCAUGGCUACGUGGCGUUGUUGAUUUGCAUAUUCGGCACAAUUGCAAACAUCCUAAACAUAAUCGUCCUAACCAAAAAGGAUAUGGCCAAAGCGCCCAUCAACAAAAUACUCAAAUGGCUGGCGAUAGCAGAUAUGUUUGUGAUGAUCGAGUACAUACCAUUCGCAUCCUACCAGUACAUCUACAUGAAACCAGGCGAGAAGGACUUCAGCUAUGCUUGGGCGGUGUUCCUCCUUUUUCAUAUGCAUUUUACCCAAGUCUUGCAUACGAUUUCCAUUGGACUGACGGUAACAUUGGCGAUAUGGCGUUAUGUGGCCAUAAGGCAUCCACAUGGACGAUUCGCAGCCUUCCUCUUGUCACAUUGCAAUGAAGCCAUUAUAUUCUCCUUCAUAGUUUCUCCGAUUGUCUGCUUUCCCACAUUGUUUGUGUUCAAGGUGGGCGAGAGUUAUGUGGACGAUAGUACGGAGCCGUUAUACCACGUCUAUGCGGACAAGGAUACGCAUUUGUACAGAAUUAACUUUUGGAUUCAUUCGGUGAUUAUUAAGUUGUUGCCCUGCUGCAUUCUAACGGUGAUUAGCUUCAUAUUGGUACGAGUACUGUGUGAGGCAUCGAAGCGUAAGCAAAAGCUGAAGGAAUAUAACAAUCCGGGAAAAGGUGGCGCCAAUGGUGGCGGUAGCUGUGGCGGCGAAGUGCCACUGACGGACACACAACGACAUCCACAACGACCCCCAAAAUGUGAUCGCCGCACUGAUCGCACCACAAUGCUGUUGGUGGCCGUACUCAUACUCUUCCUGGUCACCGAAUUUCCCCAGGGUAUACUAGGCCUGCUAUCGGGUGUUUUGGAGAAAUGCUUCUUCUUUGUUUGCUAUCCACCCUUCGGUGAAAUGAUGGAUCUGCUGGCGCUCAUAAAUGCCGCGGUUGGCUUCGUACUCUAUGGCCUAAUGUCGAAACAAUUCCGCACAACAUUCAAAUCAUUAUUUUUCAAGAAGAAUUUCGGUAGCAUGGAAAUGACACGACUGACGCGGGUCACCACGACGUGUGUUUGA